AGCUCUGCAUCUUGCUAUGUUAAACCAGAAAAAGAGAGCAAACGUACACAACUGAGGGAGAAGAGGAAGGAAGCUAGCCAUAGAGAUGGCCGCUGAGGCGCUGGUGAGCGUCUCCACAGGGGUGAUGAACUCUGUCUUAGAGAAGCUAGCCACUUUAAUGGGGGAGGAAUACACAAAGCACAAGAGCAUGCAGCGAGAGGUGGCGUUUCUCAAGGAUGAUCUCAGCAGCAUCGAUGUUGUCCUCAAGAAGCUCGAGAACAUGGAAGAGGAACUGGAUCCACAGACUAGGGAGUGGAAGAACCAGGUGAUGGAAAUGGCGUUCCACAUCGAGGACUGCAUCGACGACUUUAUGCACGAAUCUGGUGAGCAUUCUAACAGAGGAGGUGUUGCCUUUGUUGGCAAAAUUGCUCAGUACAUCAACGCGUUGAGAACGCGUCACCAAUUUGCCAACCAAAUCCAGCAGCUGAAGACUUUUGUCAAAGACGUGAGUGAACGUCGGAAAAGGUAUAAGCUCGAUGAGUGUGCCUCUGGUUCGAGCUAUGUAGCUGUAGAUCCUCGGGUGCCUGCCCUCUACACAGAGGCGGCCAACCUUGUUGGCAUGGAGGGUCCAAAAGGGGACCUUAUCAAGUUGUUGACGUCCGAGGAGGCUGCACCUGUCCAGCCUCUUAGAGUGGUGUCUAUUGUUGGGUUUGGGGGUCUAGGAAAAACCACACUUGCAAAUCAAGUAUACCAUGAGCUUGGAGGGCAAUAUGACUGCAGGGUUUUCGUGUCCAUAUCACAAAGACCUGAUAUGAUGAAGCUUCUCCGUAGGAUGAUCACAAAACUUAAGAUGCCAGAACCAACCCACACCGACGAGGCACAAGAUCUCAUUGACAGCAUCAGAGAAUAUCUAAGAGAAAAAAGGUACUUUUUCAUCAUUGAUGAUAUAUGGGACGAAUCAGUAUGGGAAAUUAUUCGUUGUGCAUUUCCAGAUAACAAACGAGGUUGCAAGGUAAUCACAACCACGAGAAUUGAGACAGUAGCUAAUGCAACCUGCAACUAUCGGCGUGAAUUCAUUUACAAGAUGAGUCCUCUUGAUGAUCAAAACUCAAGAAAAUUAUUUUUCAGUAGAGUUGGACAGAUUGAUCUUCAGCCAUUAGAUGAGAUUUCGAAUGAAAUUCUACAAAAAUGUGGUGGUCUCCCGCUUGCUAUUGUCAGUAUUGCUAGUCUUUUGGCCAGUCAACCAACUAGAUCAGUGUCACAAUGGAAGCAUGUGUGCAAUUCUUUAAGCUCAAAUCUGAGAACAGAUCCGACUUUGGAGGGCAUGAGACAGGUGUUGAACCUUAGCUACAACAAUCUUCCUCAUCGUCUCAAAACAUGUUUGCUAUAUAUUGCCAUGUAUCCAGAGGAUUACAUUAUUAGAAAGACUGAUCUUGUCAGGCUAUGGGUGGCUGAAGGUUUCAUUGGUAAAAUACAUGGUCAGUAUGCAAAUAAGGUCGCUGGAAGUUGCUUCAAUGAGCUUGUCAAUAGGAGCAUGAUCCAACCUACAACAAUUGGGUUCGAUGGAGAGGUCAUAAGAUGUAAAGUUCAUGAUAUGAUACUAGAUCUAAUCAGACUCAAGUCGGAAGAAGAGAAGAUUCUUGGUGUGGUAGAUGAUCUAGAGGGCAUGACGGCAGCAUUGAGGAGCAAGAUUCGUCGACUUUCCCUUCAGCUGGAUUAUGGAGCGAAUGAAGGCACAAUAGAAGCAAGGUUAAGCAUGCCGCAUAUCCGAUCUCUUGCUCUUUUUGGCAAGUCUCGUUUCAAGUUCUCUAUUUAUGAACUCAAGUCAAUCCGAGUUCUGAAUGUGGAUUGUCAGGGUGCUCGCAUGGGUGAUAGGAUUGACAUCACACCAAUCUGUAAGUUAUUUCAUCUCAGAUAUUUGAGCAUCAGCAGCCCCAAGAAACAGAGGCCAACCCUUAUUCUGCCAACUCUAAUUGGGGACCUGAAACAUUUGGAAACACUGAAAUUGGAUACUAAUAUUACUGCCAUGCCAUCUGAUAUUGUUGAUUUGCCUUGCUUGCUGCAUCUACAUGUUCCUAUGGGAAUAAGGCUACCUGAUGGAAUUCGUAGGAUGAAGGCCCUACGUACUCUGCAUAACUUUGAUGUGCACAUGAACUCGGUGGAUAAUUUAACAGGUCUCAGUGAACUUACAAAUCUCAGGUCUCUUGAUUUUUGCUGUGACUGUGAUGAUGUUGAACAUACCACCAGCCAACGUGGAACUUUUUUGAACAUUUUCUGGUCUUCCGUAGCAAAACUCCUCAGUUGCAAUCUGAGAUAUCUUUGGUCAGGUAGUAACAUAUUUUCUCCUCCUUUUGUUGAAUUGAGUUCUCCGAGCACAAGCAAUAGUGAGAGCAAUCUUGAGGAACUCCAUGUUGCAGCAACUUGGAUGUUUCCGAGGGUUCCGACUUGGAUCAGUCAACACCAAAAGCUCUGGAAGUUAGGAAUUUGUGUUGAGAAGAUAAUGCAGGAGGACUUCGAUUUGCUAGCAGGGUUACCUGAUCUACUGCACCUGUGGUUGUGGAUACGAAAAUCCCCAAAAAAGAGGAUUAUCAUCCAUGGUGGUGCGAUGACAUUCAAGCUUCUAAAAUAUUUGAGAAUCACGUGCUUCGCCCCAUGCCUAACCUUCAUGGCAGGGGCAAUGUCCGAACUCCAAACCUUGGAACUGGAUAUCCAUGAGGAUGGGGUGGAGCGUCACGGCCCCUCGACCAUUCAGGGCGUGGAGCACCUGCCGAGACUCAGGCAAGUUGACGUUUAUAUUCACUUUGAGGGAGCUGAUACAGAGUCACAAAAAAGGGCUGCCGACGCGGAGGCUAUCUUGAAGAAUGUCAUCAGCGUCUAUCCAGGACACCCGAGCAUCAAUAUCAUGCCUAAAGAUAACAGAAACUCUCUUUGUAAGAUUCUUGAACUUCUCAGUGACAGUUCUGAUGUGGACGAAGGGGUGGAAAGGCAACGUAAUGAUCCAGUUGAUUGAUCUGCCAAAGGCAGCCACCCAUGCUCCAGCCGCCGUUGCUGAUGGAUCAACAAGGAAUUCACGGUAGGGGCCGGAGCUGUACACAACCAACAUGCAUGGAACAGUGGUAGGAUAGAAACUGAUGCUGCGAUAAUUCAUCCAGGAGCCCGGGCUCAGCUGCUCCCGGUCAGCAAAAAAUUCAAAAAAAAAAAAUACUAGAAAAAUUCUAAAAAAUUCCAAUUUUUUUUUGUGUUGUAGAUAAUUAGACGCAUGAGGUCCGCUGCAAAAAUCAACUCGUUUGGACAUUUGAGUAGGUCUCGGCAAAAAAGACAAAUCGGGUCAAAACAGUUCAUGAACAGUAAACUUUUUUAGAGACCCCGGUUUUGUCUCUUUUGCACAGACCUGCUCAAAUGUCCAAACGAAUUGAUUUUUGCAGCGAACCUCACGCAUCUAAUUAUCUAUCACACAAAAAAAUAGAAUUUUUUGAAUUUUUUUUAUAUUUGUUUUGAUUUUUUCCGUGAGCGGGGGUACAGCUGAGCCCCGGUGCAGAUUCGCCGCACUCCUGAUGCUGUGGCGUUUACCUGAUGCUCUGCUUCUGUUAUGACCAGCGGUUGCGGAGAGGCACGCGAGCACUGACUUGAAGAAACUGAAGAUUAGGUUUACAGGUCAAGAUUAGGCUGACGCACGGUAGAGACGCUAAGUAUGCGCGUCAUGGAGGUGAUGAGUUUACAGGUCAAGAAUUUCAGUGCAGAUUAGGUUUGGACGUGAUAGCUGAAGUUUGGACGACAUCGGCAGACUUUCAAGUUUACUUAUAAUUAGGAAGACAUGGGGAAAUCUGGAAAUAUCAUUUUGCUAGUACGUAUAAUUUCUAGUUGCGUGUUAAUCAACAAACCGUGCAGAGGUAGAUGAACAGGGAGCAGGCGAAAAACAUGACGUAAAGGGUUUUCUAAUCAGGAUGGAGGACUAAAACUUCCCAAAAAGACAACUGCUCAGUUCAGUCACCAAGCAUGACGCACACACAGACGGAGGUGCAAUAUCCUCGCAGGCAACAAAAAGUUAUCUCGGUGCAAUCAUCAUCUUCUGCACACAAGCUGUUGCCACCUGCUUCCCGAUAGCGACAUAGUUGACUUGUUC